AACAUGUCGGGUCUCCUCUCAGCCUGCCCGCUCGAUGACAGGCGUGAUAGUGGCCGCAAACUACGCGGAGACCACCUCGAAGAACCCGGACCCGGGGCUUCCGAGCUGCUCGCCCUGUGAACGUCUCACGUGUCUGCUUUCGGUGGGACGAACCGCGAGGAAAUGGCAGAAGCCUAAGCUAGCGGCUUUGCUAGCUGACACCGCCGUGGAAAAAAGGUGAGUUUUCCUUACACAAUGACUUACCCUGGUGAGGGCAGUGAGCAGAGCCUUACCCUCUGUCCGUCCUUUUGGGCCAGUCCCCCCACCUCACCUUUUCCCUGAACUCCUUCCUUGCUGACCUCCCAAGAUGGCCGACAGGAAGGAGCCACCAUUCUACAAUGAUGAGAGCAUGGGAGCCUUCCAAUACAAGUUGCCGAUCUAUGAAACCAUGGAGCUCUUCAUAGAGACCCUGACAGGGACCUGCUUUGAGCUGCGUGUGUCACCCUUUGAGGCCGUGAUCUCAGUCAAGGCGAAGAUCCAGAGGCUGGAAGGUAUCCCUGUUGCCCAGCAACACCUGAUCUGGAACAAUUUGGAGCUUGAUGAUGAGUACUGCCUGCAUGACUAUGGCAUUGCAGAGGGCUGCACUUUAAAACUUAUCUUGGCUAUGAGAGGAGGCCCCAUCAACACCAGGAGAGGUAAGGUGACCAUGGAGAACCCUGUAAAGGAGGUGGCUGACUUGAUGGAGGGCACUAGAGAAGAGUGCAUUGAGAAAGCUCUGGCCAACAAGCAGGUCACUUUCCUGGUGUACCGUGAGGACGACCAGCUCAACUUCUUCCGGGUGGUGGACAGAGGAGAUGGCACUCUGAGCCCUCUCUCUGAGUCUCUGAGUGGUGGUUCUGUAUACAACGUGUACACGGAGGAAGAGGUUGGGGAAAGCUCUACAGCUGCACAGCAGAACCUGGAGAACUCCAUCACCAUGAACAAAAUGAAGCUGCUAAAAGCCAAGAUGGAGGACAUGAACCUCAACAAGAAGCCCAAGAAAUCGGCCAAGUUGAAGCCGAGGCCCCCUGUCAGCCCCCACCCCUGUAGCAGUUCUCUAGGGCCUGCCAGUGCACGACACCACCACCGCCUCUUCCGUGUGUUGCCCCAGAUUAACCAUCCUUGGCACGAAAACGCACAUCUACCUCCGAUCAGAGACUGUAGGACAGCAGCCCCUUCUGCCGCUGACGCCCCCGCUCACCUGUCUGUCACCCAAAAAGCCCCUCCCUCUUUCUCCACUUCAUCCGGUUAUAUGCUUCAGGAGGAGGAGCCAUGCGAAACAUGCCCCCCCUUCACCAAAAUUCGACCCCCUCCCAAAGUGUCCCGGCUGGAUGUCGGCAGGACCCAGCUGAUUAGGAAUUGUGUGUACCCACAGCUGCCCCCUCUGCCCACCAUGGGACACUCUGAGUGCGCUUAUGAGGCCCCUGAGCCUGUGGAGGAGGCAGUGAGCCUGGCCUUGUUGGAGGAAGUGCCUGGCCGAGUGCAGCCAACGCAGACAGGAGCUCUGUUUGGUGAUCCGGUGUCAGACCCUCUAAAUCUGACCAUGUCUACCCAGCCAGAGGGAGACCUGCAGACCCUAGAGGUUAAUGGUCAGCUCCAUCUACCCCCCACCUCUUCCCCUCUCAGUACCUGGACACUAGAGACUGCUGAUGGGCUAACCAGCAGAGCUGAUAGGCCCCACCUUGGCAGCAUGUUACAUGUCAGCCCUCCCUCGCCAUUGCCCCCAUCCACCUCGCCAUCUCCUGUGAACAGGCAGCUGCCCCAGCCCUUUGAGUUCACUGGCUCCUCCCUACCGCCCAACACACAAGCACAACCCUCAACACUGUCUAAGACAGUCAAUAUAUUUUCUAACCCCCCGUCCACCUCACUAGUCGCCCCGUCUCGCCAGCAGUAUGUCAAGGUUGGCUCCCCUGGUAAGAGACCAGAGAUGAUCUCCAAGAGCGAGGCAAGGGGCAUCACGAAGAUGGCCAACCAGGCCUAUAAGGAGCCACUGGGAUCCUUCAGCAACUCGGAGCUCCUGGCCUCUCUCUCAGACAGCACUGCAGACAGCCGCAUCAGGGAAGGGCUCGGGCAGAGCCUGGGUCUUGCACAGGUGCUGCCCAUUGUCAGUGCCUCAGGACAGGGCACCCUGGGUCCCAAGCCCCCUUCCAUCCCAACCAGUAUACAGCUUCUCCAGGAAGACCUCAUAAGACAGAUGUCCCCAUCACGCAGAGUAACCGCCUCUUACAUGACCUCCAACAGUCUUGGAUUCGCUUAUGGACCCUCCACUUCAAUCAGGAGACUAGGCACUCCGACAUACCACCUACCUCCCGUCAAGGCUCCUACAGGCAGCAAGAAGAAGACCUCCAAGCACUGCUUCCUCUGUGACAAGAAAACUGGCCUUGCCACCAGCUAUGAGUGCAGGUGUGGCAACAAUUUCUGCGCCACCCACCGCUAUGCGGAGACCCACGACUGCACGUAUGACUACAAGAGCACCGGACGUCGAUUCCUGCAGGAGACCAACCCCAUCGUCAGUGUUCCGAAGCUGCCCAAGAUCUAGCGCACACAUCCUCACUUCCGAAACCGGGAGAUGGAGGUAUGAGGGCAGGAACGCCACCUGGGAUUGUGGCUGAAACAGCGAGCUACAUAAUAGAUGGAUUCUAAUCACCACUGUGUGCUUUUAUUACCACAUAUUAUCUGGAAAAUCAGCGAAUAUUCAAAAAAAGCCAAGUAUGAACAAUUGAAAGGGUGCAGGCCUUGUAACUACAACCACCGGACAGCAGAGGGGUGGGGUAAUUAAGGUGUGUACACUUUUCCUUGGUACCUUGAUCUUUUCCCAGAGCAAAAAAAAAAAAAAACUAGACAAAACAAUGUGUGCAUGUGAAUAGGUAGUUUUUUGAAGAAAAUUGUUCAUUGCACGUUCAAACUCUUAUCUAUAUUUAGAUUUGUUUGUGAGACUGGGUUUUUGUUUGUGUGCGUUUUUGUUUUGUUUUGUUUUUUGAAACGGGACUGCAGAUCCAACCUUUUAAUACGACAAGUCUUUCAGAGAUGCACUUUAGAUCGAUCAUAUUUAUACAGCCGUUUUUGACCUUCCUCGCUGGAGUGGAGGGAUCAUGGGUUUUCUGUGUUUGUCCAUGAUGAGACGUUCAUGUAGUGUGUCAUGAAGAUUUUUUUUGUACUCCUUCUCCUCUUCCUGUUCCUUUUAUUUUUUUUCUGAUAUGGGCACAUGUAUAGCGGCCUCACGGUAGUAGACAUUUUAAGAGUACAGCGCCCCCACUUAUUAGUGAGGAAACGCUCGAAACGGAUUUUCUUUCAUUCAGGGUCUGUUUCUAAAUGGCAGGUGUGCAACUUCCUGUUGGCGUGAUACGUAUCAAAUAAACGGUUCUCUGAUGAGGUGGUGUUUAUGAUGUGUCUACAGUAAGAAGGUUGCCAUAAAACUUUUGUAAUCUUUUUUUUAAUUGCGCAAUUGCAGAAGCUUUUAAGUGCUGUUAAUGACAUCUAUGGUGGUUUUAUCUAAUAAACUUUAUCUUUCA